CAGCUGCAGAGAGCUGCCUCCCCUCCACACUCACAAUGACCAUCAGCAGCCUCCAGCAGGGCAACAACUGCAAAGUCCAGAUGUCCUGCCUGCUCAAGAUGGAGCGUCUGAUCGUCGCCAUGCAGGAUCCUGACGUCGGCAUCAAAAUGAGAAACCAGAGGCUCCUGAUUACUGUUAUUCCCCACGCGAUGACCGGGAACGAUGUGGUGGAAUGGUUGAUCCAGAAGCUCUCCAUCAGUGAAGAAGAGUCCCUGCACCUCGGGAAUUUGCUUGUUAAGUACGGUUAUAUCUACCCCCUGAAGGAUCCACGGAAUCUCGUUCUUAAAGCGGAUGAUUCCCCUUACAGAUUUCAGACUCCAUAUUUUUGGACGACGAAUAAAUGGCCGGCCACGGAACUCGAUUAUGCAAUUUAUCUUGCAAAGAAAAAUAUCCGAAAACAAGGAGAUCUGGUGGAGCAUGAAAAGGAUAAUUAUAACCAGUUACAUAAAAGAAUAAACCACACGUGGGACUUCGUGGUCAUGCAGGCGCGAGAGCAGCUCCGGGCAGCCAAGCAACGACGGAAAGGCGACCGCAUCGUGAUCGAAUGCCAGGAGCAGGCGUAUUGGCUCGUCAGCAGGCCGUCGCCUGGAUGUUUAAACGUGAUGGACCGGGGGCCGGACCGAGGGAGCUGUUACGCGGGUCAGAUGCAGCUUGGAAAGAAUGCGGAUUAUUACAGAAAGGAGGCGGAAUAUUUAAAGAAAGCCAUGACGAGGACGCGGGUAAAAUCCUCCAUCUGCCUGGAGGGGUUCCUGAAAUUUAGCGAGCAGUACCUACCCCAUGACCCCAUCAUGUCCGGCUGUCUCCCCAGUAACCCCUGGAUCACGGAUGAUGUCAUGUACUGGUCUAUGACUGCAUCCAUGGUACCCAUGCCAACCAAACUCCGGGUAGACCGCUGGACCUUCAAUUUCAUGGAGUUACUCAACGACCCCCGCGGACGGAAGGAGUUCCUGCAGUUCCUGGAGAAGGAGUUUAGUGCCGAGAAUCUUCUCUUUUGGGAAGCCUGCGAAGAAUUGCGUUAUGGAGAACUUUCCAAGGUGGCCUCCACGGUUCAGUCCGUUUACGAGCAGUUUUUGGCUCCGGGGGCCGUCCGCUGGGUAAACAUCGACAGCAAGACCAUGGAAAAGACCUUAGAGAACAUUAAAGCCCCCCAUCGCUUCGUGUUAGAAGACGCCCAGAUGCACAUCUACAUGCUGAUGAAGAAGGAUUCGUAUCCGAGAUACUUGAAGUCCGACAUGUACAAGAGCCUCGUGGGCCAAGCCUUCAUCCCCCCGGAGACCAAGAAAGGGGUCUUCCCGUUCAUGAGACGGCAGAGGCACUCGAGUCCCAGCCCGGCUUUUCUUCUGCCCGCCGGAGAACAAGAAACCAAGGCGGACGGAGACCACCGAUCCGCGUCGCCUGCGCUUGCUUCCCAGCUUUGCCUCUCAAACAAUCCUUUGGUCAUGUUGCCUGAAGAACGCCAGUCCUGUUCCCUGCCUGGCCCCUCCUUCUUUUGCCUGGAUGCCCCUCCCACCUCAGCCUUCCCGCAUUCCGACACACGCGGCUCCGAGAGGAAUGAUUUGCCGUUUGGUUGCCAAAUAUACGCGGCGGAGCCGUCCUCCGCGCCGCAGCAAGACCCCCGGAAAAAAUCAUCAGAACAGGACGCGGAAAGCGUGGAAGCUUCCACGGCACUCUGAGAAAAAUCCGGAAGCCUCAUCAAUCUCUGAAAAUUAUCGGAUUAUACGAAGGUGCCUUCAUGGAC